AUGGCCCCAAGAAAAGGAAAAGUACAGAAAGAAGAGCCAGUAGUCCAACUGGGACCACAAAUUCAAGAAGGUGAAUUGGUUUACGGCGUUGCUCACAUUUUUGCUAGCUUCAAUGAUACAUUUGUGCAUGUAACAGAUUUAUCUGGAAGGGAAACAAUUGCUAGAGUUACUGGUGGAAUGAAAGUAAAAGCUGACAGAGAUGAAGCUUCUCCUUAUGCUGCUAUGUUGGCUGCCCAAGAUGUUGCUGAAAAAUGUAAAUUACUGGGCAUCACAGCUUUGCAUAUUAAAUUGAGGGCUACUGGUGGAAAUAAGACAAAAACACCUGGUCCAGGAGCACAAUCUGCAUUGCGUGCUCUGGCUCGUUCAAGUAUGAAAAUUGGCAGAAUUGAAGAUGUAACACCAAUUCCCUCAGAUUCUACACGUAGGAAGGGUGGUCGCAGAGGUAGACGUUUGUAA